UAUGGAACUUUAAGUGACCAUCAGACCGGCUUGACUACCAGAAUCUCUUUGCAAUGCCCUCCCCUCGCUCAUUACCAGAGGGAGGUUUUACGUGCGGAGUGACCGGGUUGGUCUGGGCAUGUACCCCGAGAGAUGGAAACUCUCAGACUCUCCGGACUGACAGCCGAAUGGCUGGGGACUAUAAAUCCACGAGAACUGCCCUCACGCUGCCAUCCAGCCGGGUAGGCGGAAGCGCGCGCGUGGGGGCUCCGCUAGUCGUUCGCCCUCGGUUCCCGCGGAAGCCCGGGGGGGCGUGGCCGCGGCGCCUCCGCCCUGGGCCUCGGGUCGCCAGGAGCGCGGCGCGCGGAGCCCCGGGCGCAGAGGGGAGGCCGCGCUGCCGCGGUUGUCCUCAGCAGGCGUGGGACGGAGCCGUCGGCUGCGCCCCGAAAUGUGACCAGGCCCCGCGGCCCAUGCGGGCUCCCGGCCGCCCGGCCCUGCGGCCGCUGCUGCUGCCGCCGCUGCUGCUGCUGGUGGCGGCGCCGUGGGGACUGGCAGUUCCCUGUGUCUCUGGUGGUUUGCCUAAACCUGCAAACAUCACCUUCUUAUCCAUCAACAUGAAGAAUGUCCUGCAAUGGAAUCAACCAGAGGAUCUUCAAGGAGUUAAAGUUACUUACACUGUGCAGUAUUUCAUAUAUGGGCAAAAGAAAUGGCUGAAUAAAUCAGAAUGCAGAAAUAUCAGUAGGACCUACUGUGAUCUUUCUGCUGAAACUUCUGACUACGAACACCAGUAUUAUGCCAAAGUUAAGGCCAUGUGGGGGACAGAGUGUUCCAAAUGGGCUGAGAGUGGACGGUUCUAUCCUUUUUUAGAAACACAAAUUGGCCCACCGGAGGUGGCCCUGAAGGUGGGUGAUAAGUCCAUUUCUGUUGUCCUGACGGCUCCAGAGAAGUGGAAGAGAAAUCCAGAAGACAUUCCUAUUUCCAUGCAACAAAUAUACUCCAAUCUGAAGUAUAAUGUGUCUGUGUCGAACACUAAAUCAAAUAGAACGUGGUCCCAGUGUGUGACCAACCACACGCUGGUGCUCACCUGGCUGGAGCCGAACACACUGUACUGCGUCCACGUGGAGUCCUUUGUCCCAGGGCCCCCUCGCCGUGCUCAGCCUUCUGAGAAGCAGUGUGCCAGGACUUUGAAAGAUCAAUCAUCAGAGUUCAAGGCUAAAAUCAUUUUCUGGUAUGUUUUGCCCGUAUCUGUUACCGUGUUUCUUUUUUCUGUGAUGGGCUAUUCCGUCUACCGAUAUAUCCACGUUGGCGAAGAGAAACACCCAGCAAAUUUGAUUUUGAUUUAUGGAAAUGAAUUUGACAAAAGAUUCUUUGUGCCUGCUGAAAAAGUCGUGAUUAACUUUAUCACCCUCAGUAUCUCGGAGGAUUCUAAAAUUUCUCAUCAGGAUACAAGUUUGCUGGGAAAAAGCAGUGAUGCAUCCAGCCUUAAUAAUCCUCAGCGUAGCAGGAACCUGGAGCCCCCUCAAGAGGAAGAGGAGGUGAAACAUUUAGGAUAUGCUUCGCAUUUGAUGGAAUUUUUUUGUGACUCUGAAGGAAACUCGGAAGGUACUUCCCUCACCCAGGAAGAGUCCAUCAGCAGAACAAUAUCCCCAGAUAAAACAGUCAUCGAAUAUGAAUAUGAUGUAAGAACCACUGACAUCUGUGCAGGGCCUGAAGAGCAGGAGCUCAGUUUGCAAGAGGAGGUGUCCAGGCAAGGAAGAUUAUUUGACUCACAGGCAGCACUGGCAGUCUUGGGUCUGCAAACAUUACAGUACUCAUACAGCCCUCAGCUCCGAGACUUAGACCCUCUGGCAUGGGGGCACACAGAUUCGGAGGAGGGUCCAGAGGAAGAGCCAUCGACAACCCUGGUUGACUGGGACCCCCAAACUGGCAGGCUGUGUAUCCCUUCAUUGUCUAGCUUUGACCAGGACUCAGAGGGCUGCGAGCCUUCAGAGGGGAAUGGGCUCUGGGAGGAGGGCCUUCUAUCUAGACUCUAUGAGGCGCUGGCUCCAGACAGGCCGCCAGGAGAAAAUGAAACCUAUCUCAUGCAAUUCAUGGAGGAAUGGGGGUUAUCUGUACAGAUGGAAAGCUGAUGCCACCACUUCCUUUUGCCAGGCUCCUUCUUUGCAAACAAGUGAGUUACCCCUUUGAUCCCAGCAAUAAAGUACCUGGGAUAAAAGAUGUUUUUUUGCAGUUUUUCAGUGUCUGUGAGAAUUACUUAUUUCUUUUCUCUAUUCUCAUAGUACAUAUUUGGUUGGUUCAUGCAUGUAGGUCUCUUAACAAUGGUGGUGGGUGUCCAGAGUGCAGGAGCUAGCCUGUUUCUUUAUGCAAAGGAAGCAGUCCAUAAAUGUUUGCCAGACUGGGUGCAGAAUUUA